GAUAAAGAUCUUUCUGCGGGAUUGAAUCUAAGGCUGAACCUAGAAAGACAAAGCAAGCAUCGGCCGAACUCAGGGGACUGCCCGGCGGAGCACCACCAAAUGAAGAGAGUUACCACAAGCCUGAGACGACUUCUACUACUUCGCCAGCUUCGAAUCCUUAGACAAGAGCUAGGACGGAUUGAAUCGAAAGCUUUCUUCUUUUUGGCUUAG